GCCCCGCCCCGGGAGAGGCGGGCCGGGCCGGGUGUAUUUGAGGCGCGGAGACACCACCCCGCUAGGACGCUACCACCUCCGCGCAAGCUAUCCCCGCGACGAGCGAGAGAGUAUCUGGGCGUCGGGAGAAUGGCGGACGGUUUUUCGCUUAAUGAUGCUUUAUCCGGAUCUGGAAAACCAAAUCCUCAAGGAUGGCCUGGUCCAUGGGGAAACCAGCCUGCUGGGCCAGGAGGCUAUCCAGGGGCUUCCUAUCCUGGCACCUACCCUGGGCAGGGGCCUCCUGGCGCCUACCCUGGACAGGCACCUCCAGGGGCCUACCCUGGCCCAACAACACCUGGUUAUCCUGGCCCAGCCGCACCAGGAGCCUACCCUGGGCAACCAGGUGGGCCUGGCGCCUACCCGCCUCCUGCACAGCCAAGUGCUCCUGGAGCCUACCCUGCCACUGGCCCCUAUGGUACCCCUUCUGGACCACUGAAUGUGCCAUAUGACCUGCCUUUGCCUGGAGGAGUCAUGCCUCGCAUGCUGAUAACAAUUCUGGGCACAGUAAAGCCCAAUGCAAACAGACUUGCUUUAGAUUUCAAGAAGGGGAAUGAUGUUGCUUUCCACUUUAACCCACGCUUCAACGAGGACAACAGGAGAGUCAUUGUUUGCAAUUCCAAGCUGGAUAAUAACUGGGGAAGGGAAGAGAGACAGAUGGUUUUUCCAUUUGAAUGUGGUAAACCAUUCAAAAUACAAGUCCUGGUUGAACCUGACCACUUCAAGGUUGCGGUCAAUGAUGCUCACUUGUUGCAGUACAAUCAUCGGAUGAGAAAUCUCAGGGAAAUCAGCAAACUGGGAAUUUCUGGUGACAUAACUCUCACCAGUGCUUCGCACACUAUGAUAUAAUCUUAAAUGGGCAGAUACUUUUUAAAGAAAUGAAAUUGAACAUAAACCUUACACAUUCAAAAGUUUCAUGUUCACUAUGAGUGAAAAAUUUUACCUUUAUUCAUCAUUGUCCUUGUAAAUUACUCAUUUAAUAAAUAAGAGUUACCUGUC